AUGAGUGCAGCUUUCAACCCAGUCUCUCUGCUCGCCGAGCGCACAUGUGCGCCCAUAUACAACGCCAUCGACACAGGCAACAGCUCCCUCGCCAUCCGGCACGCCGACAAGAUCCUCGCUUCCCAACCUGACCUUGCACUCGCCUCUGCACUCAAAGCCCUAGCCCUCGUUCGUUCCGGAAAGCGAAAUGAAGCCAACCAAGUUUGCGCCAGACUCGUCACUCGAGGCCUGCGAAAGGGAGAAGAAAACGUUCUCACACCUCUCACAUGGACGCUAGUCAGACUUGGCCGUCGCACAGAUGAACUAGCUCUGCUCGAAACCGCAGUCAAAGACAGCCCCAAUAACCAAGAUCUAGCCCGGCAAACAUUCUUCGCUCUCACCAAAGCGCAAUCUUUCCAAAAGGCACAGCAGCUGGCAUUGAAGAUGCACAAAUCCUUCUCAGCUCGAAAGCAAGGAAGAGGGCGGUUUGCAGACGAGUACUUCUGGUGGUCUAUCCUCUCCUACCUUCUCCUAGCACGGGAUGCGAAUGCACCAGGUGCCGCAUUGGCACUUCCACUAAGCCAACGAAUGAUCGAGAAGCAAAUCGAAACCAAGCCGUUGGGGCUGAACGAUGAAGAAGCAUUGUGCUUGUUGCUGCAAGUGCUGAUACGACAGGGCAACAAGAAAGAUGCGUUUGACUUGAUUGCAAACCAAGCAUCCGUGGGGUACACACUUUGUGAUCGCAACCUCGGCCUCGAAUUCACCCGAACGGAUCUAGCGAAAGAUCUACAGGACUGGCAAUACGUCGAACAGAACAGCUGGAGUCGAAUCCAAGGCGGAAGUCGAAACUGGGCCCAUUUCACAGCUUUCCUCGAUGCAGCAGAGAAGCUCGGAAAGGAGCACAUCACAGAAGCGCAGAAGAAGAUCAAUGUUCUGCUCAGUUCGAAGGGUGCUGUCAAGGACAGAUCUGUUCGGCUGGCGGAGCUGCAAGUGAUCCGAAAGCGGAUAGCAUUGGGAGAAGAGGUUGAAGCGCUGUUAUUGAACAAGAUGGUUGCUUACCUGGACACGUUUGCUAGCAAAGCUUGCUGUCAUGAAGAUCUGUUACCCUACCUUGGCCUUCUCUCUACAACAUCGCGAGCCACUCUCACUGAAGCGUCCAAAGGAAAGUCAAAGCCGCUCCCAGUGCAGUCGGAGCUCGACCUGCGCACAAACAUCUCAAUCGCCAAGAUCACCCGCACAAUCCAACCUGCCUCCACCCUCACCGAGGCCAGCGAAGCAGCAAUUGCAACCUCGCUCCUCAAACAAUACCACGAUGGUCUUUCCAUCGCAUCUUGCCUCCCAGAGACAGAGAUGCAACCAGCGGACGAGCUGGCCUUGCUUGGCUCUCAAGCUCUGCUCUCCUGCUACCGUCUCUCCCACGGCAAGCUCUCCUAUCUCCACCAAACGAUCGCACUCCUCGAACACGCUCUCACCAAGAGCCAAAAAGGCUAUCAACUACGCAUGCUCCUCAUCCGGACCUACAUCCUCUCCGCCGCCUACGAGCGCGCCUCGAUCCACUACAACCUGCUCGGCCUAAAAAGUGUCCAAUCAGACACCCUCUCCCAUCUCAUCUCGGACCGUGUCUCCUGCUUCUCCGCCUCCACCACCAACGACGAUUUGUACAAACUAACCCUCCGCACUCUAUCCACCUCACAAGCGAUAUACGAAGAAAACUCGACCUCCACCCCGGAAAUGAUUGCGAAAGCGCUCGAACACGGCAUCUACUCGAGAGUGGAAGAGUUUGUCGAAUUUGGUGAAGCUCUAGAUCGGUCCCUCCAGCGGCAGGUGGUACAGCUGGAAGAGGCGAGAAGUCAUCUUCAAAGUAGGGCGAAUUGGAAGGACUUGGAGAGGAGGAGCAAGUUCGAGCGCAGAAUCGAGAGUGUGGUCAAGGCGGUGCGGGAGGGGGUGAGCGCAGGGUUGAGGGAUCAGAGAGAUUGGGAUGUGUUGGUGAAUUAUCAGCCGGAAGGGAGUGCGAGUGUCGAGGAGUUAGUGCAGGUUGGACCGAGAGUUGAUGUGGGGUGGGUCAAGUGUAUUGCUUUCGCCCUCUCUGCAGGCGAGAAUGGGGGGAUUGACGAGGUGAAGGAGGAGGACAAGGCUAAGCUCACAGCGGCGGAGAAGAAGCUUGUUGAAGUGGUGCAGAGUGCGAGAUCUGGAAGCUUCCAGGGUGCGAUGUUGGUGGAGAUGCUGGAGAGCACCAAAUCUACGGUUCGUGCAGUGGUGAAUGUAGCUGAUGGCAAGACAGAUGCUAGCCGGACAGCAAGGCCGGUCGACGCAGUUCACCAAGUCGGUCUAGCACUCGAAGCCAUCUACCACACCCAAGCACAACUGGACGAGCAGACCAAAACAACGUGCAGCACUCACCUCGCCGAGAUUGCAACGCUCGUCAACCAUCUUUCGAGGUCAUCAUCGGAUGGGAAACUGGAGCAGAACGAGGUAUUGGAGCAAGCGCUCAGCUCACUUGGCAAAGAGAAGGUGCAUCAAAUGGUCGAAGCGAGUAGGCAGACUGUUGUGCGAAGCUGGACAAAGAUGUUUAGCAAUCUUGGUGAUGCGCUCCGCGAUGCUUUGUGA